AUGUUCUUCGUUGAUCGAUUACCCUUACCAUUCCUCAAGAAGGAGAAGACACUGAAGGACCGCGCGGAAUCCCGUAAGAUGCGGGUUCCAGGAUAUAAUAAACUCUACUUCAUCGUGUACGACACGAAUGAUGAGAAAUACCAAAAGGUUUUAGACUGGUUGAACUUGAACAAAUUCUACGCGUUCGCCGCCAACCUCAUAGGAAGUGAACUUUUUGUCAUCAUCGCGGACAACGGUCCAUUCCCCAGGACCGCUGUCGUUACUUUUCUUGAGGGGGAUUUGCACAAACCCUGUACCUUGAAGGUGGAGUACGCCAUUUAUAAUCAGCCACCACCCUCAAAGUAA